CAACGAUAUAUCGAUACUUGUUUCGAUGUUUUUACAGCGCUAAGCUGCUGCUCUCCAAUUUGAAUUAAACCAGUGCAUUUUUAAGCUUAUUUUCCCCGACGGCAGCGCCAGCACGAGUUCAUUUGUUUUCGCGUAGAAAUAAUUAAAUAAGCCAGAAACAUGUUCGGUGGACAGCAGCCUAUACUCGUGUUGAGUCAGAACACGAAGAGAGAAUCGGGCCGCAAAGUGCAGUUGGAGAACAUCCAAGCCGGAAAGGCCAUCGCUGAUGUGAUCAGGACAUGUCUGGGCCCCCAGGCCAUGCUGAAGAUGCUGAUGGACCCCAUGGGCGGCAUCGUGAUGACCAAUGAUGGCAACGCCAUCCUGCGCGAGAUCACUGUCCAGCAUCCGGCUGCCAAGAGCAUGAUCGAGAUCGCACGCACACAGGACGAGGAGGUGGGCGACGGUACCACAUCGGUCAUCGUCCUGGCCGGCGAGAUGCUGGCCGCCGCCGAGCCCUUCCUGCAGCAACAGAUUCACCCGACAGUGAUCAUUCGGGCAUAUCGCGAGGCCCUUGAGGACAUCGUCGGCCACUUGCAGUCGGAUCUCAGCGUGCAGCUGGACGUGAAGGACAAGGCCAAAAUGGCCGAGGUGGUCAAGGCCUGCGUUGGCACCAAAUUCAUCGGCAAGUGGUCCGAUUUGGCUGUGAAAAUCGCCCUGGACGCCGUCGAGACGGUGACGCUGAACGAGAAUGGUCGCCUGGAGGUGGACAUUAAGCGCUACGCCAAGGUGGAGAAGAUUCCCGGCGGUGCCAUUGAGGAGUCUUGCGUGCUGAAGGGUGUGAUGAUCAACAAGGACGUGACUCACCCCAAGAUGCGUCGUCUAAUCGAGAACCCCCGCAUCGUGCUGCUCGACUGCUCGCUGGAGUACAAGAAGGGUGAGAGCCAGACCAACGUGGAGAUUAUCGGGGAGCAGGACUUUACCCGCAUGCUGCAGAUCGAGGAGGAGUUUGUGCAGCGCAUCUGUGCGGACAUUAUUGCCGUGAAGCCGGAUCUGGUCUUCACCGAGAAGGGUGUCUCUGACUUGGCCCAGCACUAUCUGCUGAAGGCCGGCAUUACUGCCAUCCGUCGUCUGCGCAAGACGGACAAUCUGCGCAUUGCUCGCGCCUGCGGUGCCACCAUUGUCAACCGCACCGAGGAGCUGACCGAGAAGGAUGUGGGCACGGGCGCCGGGCUGUUCGAAGUCAAGAAGAUUGGCGACGAGUACUUCACCUUCGUGACACAGUGCAAGGACCCCAAGGCCUGCACCAUCCUGCUGCGCGGUGCCAGCAAGGAUAUCCUCAACGAGACGGAGCGUAACCUGCAGGAUGCUCUGCACGUGGCUCGCAACCUGGUGCUGGAGCCACGUCUGGUUGCCGGCGGCGGAGCCGUUGAGAUGGCCGCCUCCCAGCUGCUGACUCGCAAGCAGGUCAAGGGCCCGUACACGGCGGUGGCCCAUGCCCUGGAAAUCAUACCGCGCACGCUGGCCCAGAACUGCGGAGCCAACACGAUCCGCGCCCUGACCGCUCUGCGUGCCAAGCACGCCUCUCACACCGGCGACAGCGUUUGCGCCUGGGGCAUCGACGGCGAGUCCGGCGAAAUUGUGGACAUGAACGUGAAGAACAUCUGGGAGCCGCUGGCCGUCAAGCUGCAGACGUACAAGACAGCCGUGGAGACGGCCAUCCUCCUGCUGCGCAUCGAUGACAUCGUCUCCGGAUCCAAGAAGCGCGGCGGCAACGAGCCGACCAACCCGGCCGCCAUGGCCCAGGGCCAGGAGUAGUAGCCUGCGAUCAACCACGUGUAUUAAUAAUGCUUACUAUCCUUUAAUACUUAAUUUAACACCCAAAAGAAAACAAAAAACACACACGCCACUUUCAAAUGUCUAACAUUUAGUUUGGGCCCGGUCGAUAAUGCUGCCUCCUCCCGCGGCUGUUAACUCGUCUCCGGGCUGCCCACACACACACACAAAUUCUUUGCAUUUGCUCUCAUUAACAGUACACACAAAUAAAAUUGUUAAAACUCAUA